AUGGACCCGUAUACGUUUGAAUUUCUUCCCCAGCAGGAAGAGAGCAUUCCCGAUUCCAUUUAUCCCCAACCAGCGCUUGUUCGUCCUGGUGAUGCCUCCACGUGGGCUUCUUCUUCUCCGUGGGUGUAUUACCAGCCGGAUUUUGUGGAUGGAAACAAUUCACAGUAUCUUGCCGUCAACAACGGCAACAACGACGCUCAGGCGGUACCCACGGCAUCUUUCGGCCCCGCGAGCCAUACUACGAACACCACCCCUCUCGUGGCUCCUUUCACGCAGGAACCAAAUUGGCAGGAGCCUCUUGAACCCGAAGGCAUAGACAAUAGCGUCAACAGCGUCAACGGUGACGAAAAUCCCGAUGCCCAUCGUCAGGGACGUGAACAAAAGUGA